AUGAAGACGGGGGUGGAGGAAGAGAUGCAGCUUGACGAAAUUGGAGCGGUGGAUCCUGAUGCCUGUGUGGGCGGUUGCUCUAGAAUGUUGGCGGUGUGCGUAGAGAAGGUUACUGAGUUCCCUUUGGCCAUCUCUCACCUCACUCCCACGGCCCAAGCUGUUCUAGCCGUAGUGAAUAUCUACAAAAAGCUGACUACAGUGAUAAAGUUCUAUAAGGAACAUGGUGAGGUUCAAAGGAAGAUGAGGUGUGGUGGUCGUCUUGCUAGCAAACUGUUGCUGUCCUACAAAGAAAUUAAGCGAAUCGUCCAGUAUGUCAACAACUUUGCCGAUGUCCACGAGAUGCCGCUCCUAGGAUGGAUCCCUGGAUUUAAGAAGGAAGACAUACAGUCGCUACCGACAUUUGAAACCAAGUCCUUUAUAUGCACGUCAGAUGAGGCAGUGUUCCUCAGUGUUCCUCUGACAGCCAAGGCCACUGACAGGGUCCCACUGACACUGGGGGUGGAAAGCGCUGUGGCCACUGACACAGGGAGGGAGAUAGGAGAGGGGGAGAGGGUGAAGUCUGGGGUGCAGGGAGGGGAUCCUAAGGGACAGGCUGGAGACUGCUGCUCCUUUAGAGCAAGGCAGCAGAGGGAACAGGUCAGGGACAGGCAGCCAGAGAAGCAGCAGUCCCCAGCUCCCCAGGGCCAGAUGAGUGAGAUGGUUCUGGGUUGGAGAGGGCUUGGAAACUUAUCGAAGAAUCCUCUGACCACAUUAUCAUGGCAACUCUUCCAGAAUCUUCAACUCUUCGAGCUGAGGCUGGAAGAAGUGGUGUUUGAGUGUGGCUGUGAUAUCCGCUGGAUCCAGCUAUGGCAGCAGCGAGGGGAGGCUGGCCUGCACACCCAGCUGUUAUUCUGCAACAACGGAGCCUCCAAGAUCCCUCUCCAAGCUAUGAAUAUCUCCCUCUGUGACUUGCCGGACAUUAGUGUGACCCACUAUAAUCUCACAGUGAUUGAGGGGGACAGAGUCACCGUCACCUGUAAUGGAUCUGGAUCCCCCCUCCCUGAGGUGGACUGGACCGUCAAUGACCUCCACUCCAUCAACACUCACCAGUCCAACGUGUACUGGCCCAAUGUCCACUCCAUCAACCUGACCCUGGUCAACGUGAGCCGUGAUGACAACUUCUACAUGCUGACCUGUAUAGCAGAGAACAAAGUGGGGAUGGCCAACGCCUCCAUCCAGCUCACUGUCCAUUUCCCCCCCACCAUCCUGAAGCUAGACGAGCCCGAGCGUCGCCAUGAAACCUGCAUAGAGUUCACAGUGCGCGGUAACCCCCAGCCUACCCUGCGCUGGUUCCACCGGGACAAGGAGAUCCCCCCCAGUGAUUACAUCCGCACUGAGAUGGAUACCUACCAGGACUACCUAGAGGGAUGCCUCAACUUCAAGGACCCCACGCACCACAACAACGGCAACUACACUCUGGAAGCUAGCAACUUCCUAGGAGUCACCACCAAGACAGUGUAUGGACACUUCCUCAACGCCCCGUUUUCAGACGAUUAUGGUGAUUAUGGGACUCCAACACCGACCAUCACAGUAACACACAGGCCUGAGGAAGACACAUUCGGGGUGUCUAUUGCUGUGGGCCUUGCUGGAUUUGCCUGUGUCCUUCUCGUUGUCCUGUUUGUUCUCAUCAACAAAUAUGGCCGACGUUCGAAGUUUGGAAUGAAAGGACCAGUAGCAGUGAUCAGUGGUGAGGAGGACUCGGCCAGUCCCCUGCACCAUGUCAACCAUGGCAUCAUCACCCCCUGUACCCUUGACGCUGGACCAGACGCUGUGGUCAUCGGGAUGACCCGUAUCCCUGUCAUUGAGAACCCGCAGUACUUCAGACACGGACACAACUGUAACAAGCCUGCUACCUACGUACAGCACAUAAAGCGUCGGGACAUCAUUCUGAAGCGGGAGCUGGGAGAGGGGGCCUUUGGGAAGGUGUUUCUGGCAGAGUGCUAUAACCUCAGCCCUACCAAGGACAAGAUGCUGGUGGCUGUCAAGACGCUGAAGGACCCCACCCUUGUAUUUUCUCAGACGCUGAAGGACCCCACCCUUGCAGCGAGAAAAGAUUUCCAGAGGGAAGCGGAACUAUUGACCAACCUGCAGCACGAGCACAUUGUCAAGUUCUACGGCGUGUGUGUUGAUGGAGACCCCCUCAUCAUGGUCUUUGAGUACAUGAAGCACGGGGACCUCAACAAGUUUCUCAGAGCCCAUGGGCCCGACGCUAUGAUCCUGGUUGACGGACAGCCCCUGCAGACCAAUGGGGAGCUGGGCCUGUCUCAGAUGCUGCACAUUGCCACUCAGAUCGCCGCGGGGAUGAUGUACCUGGCCUCCCAGCACUUUGUGCACCGUGAUUUAGCCACUCGGAACUGCCUGGUGGGCAACGGCCUGCUGGUGAAGAUUGGUGACUUUGGAAUGUCCAGGGACAUCUACAGCACAGACUACUACAGGGUGGGGGGCCACACCAUGCUGCCCAUCCGUUGGAUGCCCCCUGAGAGCAUCAUGUACAGGAAGUUCACUACAGAGAGCGACGUGUGGAGCUUUGGUGUGAUCCUCUGGGAGAUCUUCACCUACGGGAAGCAGCCAUGGUUUCAACUGGCCAACAAUGAGGUCAUCGAGUGUAUUACGCAAGGACGGGUUUUGGAGAGGCCACGAGUUUGUCCCAAGGAGGUGUAUGACAUCAUGUUGGGUUGCUGGCAGAGGGAGCCCCAGCAGAGGCUGAACAUCAAGGAUAUCCAGAAAAUCCUCUAUGCCUUGGGCAAAGCCACGCCUGUCUACCUGGACAUCCUGGGCUAGUGUACGUUGGGGUUUGUCUAUCUGUCUGUUUUUCUGUCUGUCUCUACCCAACAGAUGAACAAAACCCCAGGAAUAACCCAAACAACGAGCACCUUAUUGCUCCACUGUCAAACACCUACAAAAUGGGGAUGGACUUAAGUGCCUGCUACUCCUUUCGAUACACUGGAUAACAGUAUUUAAAAAAGCACUUUUACAUUUUGUUUACCUGCAUUUAAAAUUGUACAGUUACUGAAUACUGUAUGAAGAGGACAUUAUUUCUUUUUUUGGUAAAAACAGCCUACUUAAAGUAUUACACACACAAAAAAAAAAAAAAUGCUAGAAAAUGACUCAAUUACAAAAAGUACACAGAAAAAAAAGCUGAAAACCCUGGAAAAAUGGUUUGCUUUUGGUAUCCUGACAGCUUGACAGAAGAUCAAACUCCCAGGUGAUUUUCUUUUUCAUUUUAUAAAUAUAUAUUAUAUAUAUUUUUUAUUUAUUUUUAUUUUCAAAGUGUGGAUAUCUGCCAUGUUUCUUGCUAAGGGUACUGUAUGUCACCUGUUGGAGAUGACCUCUUGUUAUUGGCAAGUCAGACAAUUGGCAGGGACUUUUUGAAGAAAGCCUUACUGCACUCCGAUUGGCUGGAUCUAUUCUCUGACUCUGGAUCCGACAAGGCGAUUGGCUACUGAGAGGAAACAGCUUUUCAUUGAGAUGUGGAACUCAUAGGGAAGACAGAGCCAACAAUCAACACAGUCAUCUUAAUUUAAAAUUGAAUGUAUAUACUGUAAAUUUCUAUGUCACAAAAAUAUGUUAACUUAUUUCAUUUCCUAUUUAGAUUAUUUUAGUUUCUUGGUGUGUUGUAAUGGUGAGUGAAUCCUAUAGAUAUUUUGAUAAUCUUUCAUUUGUGUUACUAUUUUCUUCACCUGGUCAGUGUGUUGUUUCUGUUGCUUUUAAUGAAUUUAAUUGUCUUAUCAUUUGAUUUGGAUAUUUGAUUACAAUGUGACCUUACGAGUCAGGAUGUUAGGUUGAGACAUGAACAGGAAGUAGACUGUCAGUAGCGUAAUCAUGAUGUGAGCUUAGACAGACUGAGCAGGAUGCAUACAGUUACAGUAUGAAUUCAUGAUGAUCUUACAUAGCGCCCCCACUUCCCCUCAUUCCAGCUCACUGUUGUUCUUUCAGUGUAAUCUAGUCUUAGAUUUGCUCUCAGCCCCACAUUCUGUGUCACCAUGUAUCUCAUGUACAUCUAGCCAGAGCAAAGAGCUAUAGCUAUGAUAUAGCAUUAUAAGCUGUCACUGGCUGUGUUCUGAAAAUGACAUUUAUAUGGCAUUGUAUUAUACUUCAUCUUGUUUUCCUGGUUGUGGAUAAUGUUAUUCUACUGCCUUCAGAUAGUCAUGACUCUGAUGUUUCAAUUUCUGCAGUUUAUACAGGAAAUGUGCUACUAGACACUAUACAUUCAUAUAAUAGUAGUAACUGCCUCUCAUUUCCAUUCUCUGUACACGUACAUUCAAGUUAAAGCAUUAUUGUAAUGCAGGCUUGAGAAUGUUUUCUUCUCUCAAUGUGCGCAAGAUUUCUGCAAACGAUCCUUUAUCUUUCUCAGCUCUCCCAAUGUUAAACAAUAGCAAACAUGGCAGACCACAGUGACGUGAAUUAUUCAUUACGUAUUAGUGAUGGAGCACUCUGUAGCUAUGGGGGCUGUUUGGAACAUUACGCUGUGAUGACAAACACUGGGGCUUUGGGAGAAAGUGCUCCUCUCUCACGCUCACUCUCUCUACCUCCCUCUCUAUCGCUCGCUCUCCCUUUCGCUCUCCUUCUCUCGCUCUCCUUCGCGCUCUCUCCUCUUGCUUACGCUGAGUAAUGUAAUCAUUCAAGGUUGUGUUUAGUCUCAAUAACACCCCAAUGAUAAAUCCAUAAUUAUUUAAUGCUGAGCCAAACUGGCACCAUGUUUUGCCUAUCUGCAUUUUUUUUAACAAGGUGAUAUAUUAUUAUGUGAUCAAUUUCAUAUUAACGUUUAUGUACAGAAUCAUUUGCCUACUUCAACAAAAAUGUAUUUUAAAAGCUUCAAUAUGAAUUAUCUGGUCAAACUUACAAAUACUGUACUUUUCUUUCAAAUUAAAAGUUCCUUCACGUUAGAAU